AUGAACCUCUUUACAUGUUGCAUAGGUGCUCUCUCGUUGUACGGUGUUCAACUCAAUUUGAAUCCAGUAUCAUUGCCAUAUGGAUGGUCUCAAUGUUACAAUGGCACUUAUGAUGUCUUCCUUAAUACAACUACUCUAACCUCGGUCCUUAAUACGUGUAAUAAGGCCAAGCUCUUGCUUGGUUGUCGUCCGAAAGGCAAUACUAACCUGACUGUGGCUGCCAUGGGACUUCGUGCUGAUGUCUUGUACAAUUGUAGCACAUAUAGUAGUUGCACAAAUGUAGCUAAUGGUGUCGGUUGGUACUACUCCGAUAACUAUUCGUGGGGCUUUGCUAACGAUAACGAUACGGUAGCACGUGGCAGUUGUGAUACAGGAAGUACUAAUGCUGCCUAUAGACUUUGCUGGCAUACAGAUCAGUGGAGUGGAGGCUGGCGCUGUGGUGCAACAACCGGUCUCAAUUUUGACAACACGAUGGAACGGGUCAUUUAUCAUGCUACUUGA